AGCAGGUGUCAGCAGGGCCAUGGCAGGAGGCAGGAACAGGGUCCAUAGAAACCUGUGAGGGGAGGAAGCACAAAAACUCUGGGGAAAACGCUGAUUUAGUGAUGUGCAUCAAUAAAACCUGGAUUACUGUAGAAGGUGAGGUGAGAGAGGAGCUCUGUGUAUCCUAAGAAGUCCCCCUAUAUAUAUGUAUAUAGUUAUAUAUAUAUCUUCAGUAGAGUGUAAGACCAUGAAGUCUUUUCAUGGUGAACGACCUGGACCUCAUCACCUGACGCCUGCUCAGCCCUGUAGGGGCUAUAUGUGGAUAUAUGAUAUAUCUAGAUGAGUAACUAUACAUAGCCAUAUCCAUAACUUUAUAUAGGUUAACAACCAUUGCCUUAUAACUCAGAUCUAUUGGCGCACACUAAGGAAUAAAGACAUUUGUAAAGAUAAUUACUUUGGCUACAAAGAGUCAGUCUCUUUUGAAUUCUCGGAUUAUAUUAUUAUAAGUAUUUUAAGGUGUCUUCCUUUGGUGAUAUCUAGUGGUGGUAUUAUGAAUGACACUAUGCAAGACUUGACAUAUGUUUAAUAUCUCUAUAAUCAAGUGACUAUUAAUUCUGUUGAGCCACUUUAUAUUUUCAAUUAAAUGUCAGAUCAAACGCUGCACUUGGUGUUUUCCCACAUGAAAACAAACGCAGAACUCUGCAUGAAAAACCCUCCAAUUUAUGCUUCUUCUUUAUUAAUACGGACGAAUCAUUAACGUCUUCUACAAAUUGAAUCAUCAUAGUUGGUUAAAGUAGAGUUCAUAUAUGUAAGUCCAAUGGCUGCAGUGUCGGGGUCCAAACUAUGAUGCAAGUUUGGUUGAUUUGUGUAUUUGUGUUUAUUUGUGAUUUAUUUUCUCGGGUUCUAAUAUUUCUACAUGGUUCCUUUCUACAUACCAUCAAUGAAUCCCGAUGUAUCACAUCUAGAAUGAAUGUAUUAACUUCUGGCAGCGUUUCUCGCAGCGACCAGAAGCCUGAAGAAGCUUCUAGUGACGCGCUGGUGGGUGACGUCAUCACGUAGAGCGACAGCGCCGAGCUCUGUGAUUGGACCAGAGCGUCAGAGGAAAGCUCGAGAAGAGACCAGAAGGCAGCGAGGAAAGUAUAAAAUAACGAGACUCGCAGAAGCCUGACGAGAGCAAACUGCCAUAAAACCGAGAGGAGCAGAAGCAGAAGCAGAAGCAGAAGCAGAAAGAUAAGCAGAAGAAAAGCAGCAGCAGAAGCAGCAGAAGAAGAAGAAACGUCAGAUUCUACUCUUUAUCAUCUUUAACCACUGACACUGAAAGAUGUCUGCAGCCAAGGGCACAGCGAUCGGUAUUGACCUGGGCACCACCUACUCCUGCGUGGGCGUCUUCCAACACGGCAAAGUGGAAAUCAUCGCCAACGACCAGGGCAACAGGACCACGCCCAGCUAUGUGGCGUUCACCGAUACCGAGAGGCUCAUCGGCGACGCGGCCAAGAACCAGGUGGCACUGAACCCCAGCAACACGGUGUUUGACGCCAAAAGGCUGAUCGGGAGGAAGGUGGAGGAUCCGGUGGUGCAGGCGGACAUGAAGCACUGGCCCUUCAAGGUGGUGGGAGAUGGAGGGAAGCCCAAGAUCCAGGUGGAGCACAAAGGGGAGGAGAAGAGCUUCUACCCCGAGGAGAUCUCCUCCAUGGUCCUGGUGAAGAUGAAGGAGAUUGCAGAGGCUUACCUGGGCCACAAGGUGUCCAACGCGGUGGUCACGGUCCCGGCGUACUUCAACGACUCCCAGAGGCAGGCCACCAAAGACGCCGGCGUCAUCGCGGGACUCAACGUCCUGAGGAUCAUCAACGAGCCCACAGCGGCCGCCAUCGCCUACGGUCUGGACCGAGGCAAGACGGGAGAACGCAACGUCCUGAUCUUCGACCUGGGCGGGGGCACCUUCGACGUGUCCAUCCUGACCAUCGAGGACGGCAUCUUCGAGGUCAAGGCCACGGCCGGAGACACGCACUUGGGCGGAGAGGACUUUGACAACCGCAUGGUCAACCACUUUGUGGAGGAGUUCAGGAGGAAACACAAGAAGGACAUCAGGCAGAACAAGAGGGCCUUGAGGAGGCUGCGCACGGCGUGCGAGAGGGCCAAGAGGACCUUGUCCUCCAGCUCGCAGGCCAGCAUCGAGAUCGACUCUCUGUUUGAGGGCGUGGACUUCUACACGUCCGUCACCAGGGCUCGAUUCGAGGAGCUGUGCUCUGACCUCUUCCGGGGAACUCUGGAGCCCGUGGAGAAAGCUCUGAACGACGCCAAGAUGGACAAGGGGCAGAUCCACGAUGUGGUCCUGGUCGGGGGCUCCACCCGCAUCCCCAAGAUCCAAAAGCUCCUGCAGGACUUCUUCAACGGCAGGGAGCUGAACAAGAGCAUCAACCCCGACGAGGCGGUGGCGUACGGCGCUGCCGUCCAGGCUGCCAUCCUCACGGGCGACACCUCGGGCAACGUUCAGGACCUGCUUCUGCUGGACGUGGCGCCCCUGUCCCUGGGGUUGGAGACGGCCGGAGGGGUCAUGACGGCGCUGAUCAAACGCAACACGACGAUCCCCACCAAGCAGACCCAGGUCUUCAGCACCUACGCCGACAACCAGCCGGGGGUCCUCAUCCAGGUCUACGAAGGGGAGCGCGCCAUGACUAAGGACAACAACCUGCUGGGCAAGUUCGAUCUGACAGGAAUCCCGCCGGCUCCGCGGGGCGUCCCGCAGAUCGAGGUCACUUUUGACGUGGACGCCAACGGCAUCUUGAACGUGUCGGCGGUGGACAAGAGCACCGGCAAGGAGAACAAGAUCACCAUCACCAACGACAAGGGCCGGCUGAGCAAGGAGGAGAUCGAGAGGAUGGUGCAGGACGCCGACAAAUACAAGGCCGAGGACGACCUUCAGAGAGACAGGGUCUCCGCCAAGAACUCCUUGGAGUCCUACGCCUUCAGCGUGAGCAGCAGCCUGCGGGACGAGAACCUGAGGGGCCAGGUGAGCGCGGAGGACCUGAAGAAGGUGACGGAGAAGUGCGAAGAGACCGUCGCUUGGCUGGAGAACAACCAGCUGGCCGAGAAGGAGGAGUACCAACACAAGCAGGAGGAGCUUGAGAAGGUGUGUAACCCGGUCAUCAGCAAGCUGCACCAGGGAGGGAGGCCUGCGGCCAGCUGUGGAGAGCAGGCACGAGCCGGCUCCCAGGGGCCCACCAUCGAGGAGGUGGACUAAAGGAGGCACUUCAUGUGGACUCUGUGGGACUUUUGGAGAGACGCCACGUUGGCGGGUUUUAUACGAGUAAUUUUUAUCCUUAUUUCGUCUGCCUUGCUGGACAAUAAGGACGAAACAUUAAAGAGAUAUUAUAACGUGUCUUUGUUCAGGGUAUAUGUGCUCAUUCUGUGACAACACUACAGAACACGUUUAAUUCAGCCACUAUGCUGCCUUGUUAUUUUCUGUAUUGUUGAUGAAUUAAAACGGCUUCUUUUACAUGUGUAUAUUUUAUGGUUACUUCUGUUUCGUUGUAAAAGGGUUUUAUUAAUUUAAUAAACUAAACUGUGAAUUGGGAAAAAAAA